GGCUGUCACAGCAGCGGCACCGCUAGAAGCAAACCCCACUCUCUGCAGCGCUUCACCUUCCCUUGUACCGUCUACAUCCCGCACACAUGGACCUGGAAGUGCUGAUGAGUACGGCGCUCUCGCUUCCCAUCCUCCGCACGUCUGCGCUCUAACUGUGCGCACCCGGACCCGAGCACGUCCCGUAGCCGACCAGAAAGGGACUGAUAUUAUUUUUGCCGUGCGCUGAGGAGACAUCACUGUGUUGGACAGACAGGAGGGAGAGAAGGGAGCAGCAGAGGAGACCACACAGUCGUGACAGCAAAGGCCGUUUCAGGAUAUCGGGCAAGAGAGGAGGGUAGCUUUCCUCCAUUAUGGCGAGUGACUCUCCAGCUCGGAGUCUGGACGAGAUCGACCUAUCCGCUUUGAGGGAUCCCGCUGGCAUCUUUGAGCUCGUCGAGCUGGUGGGAAAUGGCACCUACGGGCAGGUGUACAAGGGUCGCCAUGUUAAGACGGGGCAGCUGGCAGCCAUCAAGGUCAUGGAUGUCACCGGGGAUGAGGAAGAGGAGAUUAAAGCAGAAAUUAACAUGCUGAAGAAGUACAGUCACCAUCGGAACAUCGCCACCUACUACGGGGCUUUCGUCAAGAAAAACCCUCCAGGCGUAGACGACCAGCUAUGGCUCGUCAUGGAGUUCUGUGGAGCUGGCUCGGUGACUGACUUGAUCAAGAACACCAAGGGCAACUCUCUGAAGGAGGAGUGGACUGCUUACAUCUGCCGAGAGAUCCUCAGGGGUCUGACUCAUCUACAUCAGCACAAGGUCAUUCACAGAGACAUCAAGGGACAGAACGUCCUGCUGACUGAGAACGCAGAGGUCAAACUAGUGGACUUUGGCGUUUCGGCUCAGCUGGACAGAACGGUCGGGAGGAGGAACACGUUCAUUGGGACGCCAUAUUGGAUGGCACCAGAGGUCAUCGCCUGUGAUGAGCACCCUGAGGCCACAUAUGACUUCAAGAGCGAUUUAUGGUCCCUGGGAAUCACAGCGAUAGAGAUGGCUGAAGGAGCACCACCACUGUGUGACAUGCACCCAAUGAGAGCCCUCUUCCUCAUUCCACGCAACCCUGCCCCGAGGCUCAAGUCAAAGAAAUGGUCGAAGAAGUUCCAGUCGUUCAUAGAGAGCUGUCUGGUGAAGAACCACGGCCUGAGACCCAGCACGGAGCAGCUCCUCAAGCACCCGUUCAUCAAAGACAUACCCAACGAGAGGCAAAUCCGCAUCCACCUGAAGGACCACAUCGACCGCACCAAGAAGAAGAGAGGAGAGAAGGAUGAGACGGAGUAUGAGUACAGUGGCAGCGAAGAGGAGGACGAAGAAAGAGACAUGGGUGAACCGAGCUCCAUCAUCAACAUUCCCGGGGAGUCUACCCUGAGGCGAGACUUCCUGCGCCUCCAACUGGCCAACAAGGAGCGUUCGGAGGCCCAGCGACGGCAACAGCUGGAGCAGCAGCAGAAUGAAGAGCACAAGCGCUUGCUUUUGGCCGAGAGACAGAAACGCAUCGAGGAGCAGAAAGAGCAGAGGAGGAGGCUGGAAGAGCAGCAGCAACGGGAGCGUGAGCAGAGGAAACAGCAUGAGAGGGAACAGAGGAGACGCUACGAGGAAAUGGAGCAGCUCCGCCGAGAGGAAGAGAGGAGGCAUGCGGAGAGAGAACAGGAGUAUAUCCGUAGACAGCUGGAAGAGGAACAGAGGCAGUUAGAGAUUCUCCAGCAGCAGCUACUACAGGAGCAAGCGUUACUGCUGGAAUACAAGCGUAAGCAGGUUGAGGAGCAGCGGCAGGCAGAGCGGCUACAGAGGCAGCUCCAGCAGGAGAGGGCCUACCUGGUGUCUCUACACCAGCAGCAGCAGCAGCAACAACAGCAGCAGCAGGAGGGAAGGCAAGCAGAGAAGAAACAACUGUACCACUACAAGGAUGUCGUUAAUCCUAAAGACAAGCCUUCUUGGGCUAAAGAGAUGGUGAAGCCGCAGCAACCUGUAAGCUGUCACCCGUCCCGUCCCAAUCUUCAACACCCCCAGCCAUUCAACAAGCCAGCUGCAUCCUCCAUCCCUCAAGGCCAGCCCAGAUUUCAGAGUCCAAAGCAAACCCCAUCCCAUGGUGCCCAACUCCUCUCCAACCAUGUCCCUCAAAUAUGCAUUUCACUAGAUGCAGGGGUACCCUUAGAUCCAGGGUUGAAGAAGGAGAUAAGUCAGCAGGUCAGAGAGUUUAAGGCUCAUAAAGAUGGUCAGAGAGGCCAUAGCCCGGGGCUCAAUCAGGAGCGUAACAAGGCUGUUGGGAAAGUUCCCAACAAGGAACCUAAGGACAUGAAGAAAAAUGUCUCUAGUCAAAAGCCCAGCCCUUCUCCACCUGGGCCUCGUAAUCAAAAGGAGAAGAAUAGGAACAGACCUGUAUCUGACCCCAAUCAGGCAGCCAUCCUGGGGUUAAUGUCUUCAAACCAACAGAAGGCUCCUCAACCGCGUCCUCGGUCUCCAGGAGUGUUCCAGAAACCUACGUUCAUUGUCAACCCACUGGCCAAACUGGUGGAGGAGCGAUCUAAGCUGAACAGACAGAGCUCCCCAGCGCUGCAGCACAAAGUCUCCAACCGCAUCUCCGACCCCUCCCUCCCUCCCCGCUCCGAGUCCUUCAGCAGCGGGGGCAUGCAGCCCGCCCGCACCCCACCCAUCCACCGCUCCAUCGAACCACAGAUGGCCCACCUUGUCCCGGUGAAGACCCACUCCAGCUCCAUGUCCGGCUCCCAGUCUUUGCAGGACCAGACGGGCUCGGCCCUGAGCGAGGUAGUGAGCGCGGGGUCCCCCAGGCCCGAGAUGCCCCGUCAGAACUCAGACCCCACCUCUGAGACCCCGGGACCCCCGCUGCGCGUAGCGGAUCGGGAUCGGGACAGGGAUCGGGACAGAACUGCUUGGCUGAGAGAGGAGGACAUCCCACCCAAGGUCGAGAAUCGCAAUCAGAGAGGACGACUGACGAUAUCUGAUCAUGUCCCCCAAAGGACCACUUCCAUCUCCCCAGCCCUGGUCAGGAAGAACUCCCCUAACGGAGGAGUGGGUCUUGGUCCUCGCACAGGUUCUCAGCUCAUAAGGGCCAGUAACCCAGACCUGCGCCGCUCAGAGCUGUCUCUGGACGCCAUGCUGCAGAGAACUUCCUCCAACUCGUCGUCUUCCUCCUCCCCCUCAUCUCAGGGAGGCUCGGCCGAGAGGAGAGGUCAAAGCAAGCAGGAACGAUCCCCUCCAGGAGCCAACCGAGAGAAAAAGCCCAAGCAGGAGGAUGGUCGUGAAUCAGCCAGGCCCAGCAGACCUGCCAGCUAUAAGAAAGCCAUAGAUGAGGAGGAGCUGGACUUAAAUGCGCUGGCGAAGGAGCUCAGAGAACUCAGAGUAGAGGAGGGCAGCAGGCCUCCAGUCAAGGUGACGGACUACUCGUCUUCCAGCGACGAUACGGAAAGCAGCGACGACGAUGGGGAGGCAGUGGGACACGACGGCACGGUCGCCGUUAGCGACAUCCCUCGCAUAAUGCCAGCAGUGCAGGGCAGUGGUGAGUCGUAUGGAGGGCUAACCGAGGACUCUCUGGGAGAUUCUUAUCAUAGCUCCAAGGACAGCACUCUAGUGAUGAGAGAGGCAGAGGAGAGGAGGAGAGCCGGUCACGGCGAGAGUAACGGGUUCGGGAAUCACGGCAACCACGGUAACCUCCCUGACCUGGUGCAGCAGAGCAACUCUCCGUCAGCCACGCCCACCACAGCCCUGCAGGAGCUGAGCGAGAUGGCCGAGUUUGGUGUGGGCGGCUCCAAAGCUUCAUUCACCCCAUUUGUUGACCCUCGGGUCUAUCAGACUUCUCCAAGCGAAGACGACAAUGAAAACUCAGCAGCAGCCAUGUUCGCCAAUGAGCUGCUGAGGCAGGAGCAGGCCCGGCUAAACGAAGCCAGAAAGAUCUCCGUGGUGAACGUGAACCCCACAAACAUCAGACCCCACAGCGACACGCCGGAGAUCCGCAAAUACAAGAAGCGCUUCAACUCCGAGAUCCUGUGUGCGGCACUCUGGGGUGUCAACCUGCUGGUAGGGACAGAAAACGGUCUAAUGCUGCUCGACCGCAGUGGGCAGGGAAAAGUCUAUAACCUGAUAACCAGACGACGCUUCUUGCAGAUGGAUGUUCUGGAGGGCCUCAAUGUGCUCGUCACCAUAUCAGGGAAAAAGAAUAAGUUGCGCGUCUAUUAUUUGUCGUGGCUGAGGAACAGAAUAUUACACAACGACCCGGAGGUAGAGAAGAAGCAGGGCUGGAUUACUGUUGGAGAGCUGGAGGGCUGCGUGCACUAUAAAGUUGUUAAAUAUGAGAGGAUCAAGUUCCUGGUGAUCGCUCUUAAGAACUCUGUGGAAAUCUACGCCUGGGCUCCGAAACCCUACCACAAGUUCAUGGCCUUUAAGUCAUUCACUGAGUUGCAGCACCGCCCCCAGCUGGUUGAUCUGACGGUGGAGGAAGGUCAGAGGUUAAAGGUCAUCUACGGCUCCAGCGUUGGCUUCCAUGUCAUUGACGUGGACUCGGGCAACCCGUACGACAUCUACAUCCCCUCACAUUGUGGCAAACAGACCAAGAUCCAGAGCCAGGUGACGCCGCAUGCCAUCGUGGUGCUGCCCAAAACCGAUGGAAUGGAAAUGCUGCUGUGUUACGAGGACGAGGGCGUCUACGUCAACACCUACGGCCGAAUCACCAAGGACGUGGUGCUACAAUGGGGAGAGAUGCCUACCUCUGUUGCCUAUAUCCAUUCUAAUCAGAUUAUGGGUUGGGGAGAGAAAGCCAUAGAGAUCCGCUCAGUGGAGACAGGUCAUCUGGAUGGAGUCUUCAUGCACAAGAGAGCCCAGAGACUCAAAUUCCUGUGUGAGCGCAACGACAAGGUAUUCUUUGCAUCCGUGCGUUCGGGAGGUAGCAGCCAAGUCUUCUUCAUGACACUCAACAGAAACUCUAUGAUGAACUGGUGAUGUGUCCCUUCGUCGUCCCGCUCUUCCUCCGUCUCCCGUCGGACCCGGCCUGGCAAAAACCCACCUCGGCCCACCGCACAUGGAACUCACAAACAAAGCCCGACUUGAGGAUCGAGAGGCCACAAAGAGACUAUUUUAACACUGGAGAGACUAAUAUGGUUUAGAGAAAAAAUAAAAAAAUAAACUAUUUUAGAGAAAAACAACUGUGACAAGUUGUAAAUGAAGAUACCUGAAGUUAUCUUAGGUUAAGUCGGGUCAUGCAGAAGCCAUCAACUGACUGGCAGACUGGUGCCACUGGCUUUCCAAAUAUUCUCUUCUUCCCUCUUUCUUCUUCUUCUGUCUCUCUUCUCUCAAAACAGAGCAGUGCAUCCAGCUGUAGAAAUACACUUAACACCUGCCUCUUCACGUCUCCCUUUCGUCUCCUUUUCGUCUUCCUCGUAGAUGAAAUCACUCCGACAAACACGCCGUUCCUCAUUUCCCGUCGGCCGUGUCUGGGCUCAUUCCCAGGGAGGUCGGAGGAGCGACAUAUGAAUACGGUUUAAUCUGAGUUUAAAUAUACAGGGAGAUGACAUAUCUACUCUGGAUGUGGGCGAUGAAUGCCGACAUCCUGAUUGAUUUUCUUUCUCCUCUGUCACUCCGCUCCUCCUCCUCCUCCUCCACCUCCUCCACUCCCUCUGUUCACCAUCUUUUCGGGUUUCCGAGGAAACUCGAUUACGAUCUAGCGUUCGGUCGCAUCUCGCUCUGACGGCAAUGCGGCGAAGACCCUCUGCUGUCAUGUGGGUUUUAACAGUAUGCAAAGAUGCCUACGUCCCUUUAAAAUGACCAAUCCCAUCCCAUCCCAUCCCCUCCUCCUCUUCCCCCUUCCUCCUGGAAUCGCUCCCCACAGAUCAUCACCAUCAUCUCUCUUCACUCUUAAAGUCUUUAAACUCUGAAGGUGCUGCAUCAGAUAUACUGUAAUAUUAAACGAACAACAACAACAGCGAGCUUCAUUCCGCUCACCUCUGUUCUUUUCUGUUUCUGUGGAACAGUUUGGAGUCGGUCAGUCGCUGAAGUGCGACGAGGUGCACGACACAUGUGUGCCUCUGAAAUCAGGCGUGCGUGCGUACGUUUUACUCGCUGAAUCAAAGUGGGACGUUAAAACCGACGUCGGCCAAGAGUCGAGUCGUUCAGUCUGUGCGGGCAAAACCUUUACCUUAAAGCAACACUGAGUGUGUUUGCAUGCGGAUUUUCUGGCGGCGUUGGCGUAUCAGAACUCAUUUAGUGCAUUUAAAAACAGGCAAUAUCAACUGGUUUCUUUCUUCUUCUUCUUCUUUUUUAUCGGUUUCCUUUGGCACAACAUUCACGACGGUGGCUGUCGGAGCACAGGUGCGACGAUGCAUUUACAACAGCUUAACCUGAGUACGACCUCAACGGGAUUUGAGCUACUAUCCCAAAUACUGUGUGUGCAUGUGAAAGCACUCAUUGUUUAAAAACUGUGGCUUCAUUUUGAAUCAUAACCCCUCUCCACCCCCCACCCCACCCACUCCCCGUCCUUCCCGGUUGGUUCUUCUGACUUUGGCUCCCAGCUGUUUGUAGAGUGCCUAGCAUGAUGUACGCAAAACUAUAAACGGAGGCCAAAAGAUUAUUCCUCACAUUGUAACUAAUGUUUUAUUUUAUUAUUUUUUUUUUUUGCCUAAGCGGCAAAACAGGGGAGUAUUGUCAGGGGUGAGGAUAUGUGUGUGUUAUUAUCUAACUUUUAACACGUUGCUGAUGUUAUUCCUCUGAUACAGAUGUGCGUUAACAAGUUUAAGGCCUGAUUUAGUUUUUGAAAGGAGCAACUGAUGACGACUGAUGAAACCUUGCCAUUUCCCUCCCGAUAUUUGUACAGCUCGAUAUCAUCGAUGCGGUUGAUUCUUUAUAACACUACUGAAGGUGGAUUGGUUUCCGCUGCCGCGCCGGAGAGCGACGCAACUGAGCAAUCGGCCGGCACGCCUGGUAUUUAUUGGUGUCCUCUCACCACCUCUCCCUGGUCCAUAUGGGUUAACUUCACUCUUAUAUAAUGCAGUUCUAUAAGUACAUCAGCCUGUGGUCGUCAACCUUAAGGCGGCAGAAAAAAACAACAAUGUAGUUAUCUUUUGAAUCAGGUUUAUUCUGUUUCCGUUGUGUUUUUCUUUCUUUUUUUUUUCUUUUUUUCCACAUCAUGCAGUAGCUGUUCCCGUGCAGCUCUUGAGUUACGUUCACUGAUCUCUGUUAGUUGGGAGCAGGCUUUUAGCAAUAAAAAAAAAAAAAAAAAAUACAAAUAAAAAAAAAAACAGACGAGCUGAAUAAAACAAACGAACACUGUCUUCCCUGUGCAUGAGUGGAUGAGUGCGUGCGUGUGAUUAAUUAUCAGGUGUGAGUGGGGCAUUAUUAUUGUGUUUGUCCAUCAUGGAUUUCACUCUUCCCUUUGGAGAAUGCUGACGGUAGUUACACUGAUGUCUCUCCUUUCAAAGAUGAAACCACUGUAUUCUUUACUCAGUUUAAUUCUUUGUUUUCUUUUUUUUCUUUUUUUUUGAAAGAGCAUUACUAAUGUCCUGUUUUGGGAUUUAUUUGUUUUGUAAAAGAGAUGCUGUAAGGAAGAAAUAAAUGAAACUAGCAUUACA